AUGUCUCAAGUUCCAUUUGCAGAUCCACCAUGGCUGAGGGGUUUGCCCUCCCCGUAUUUCAACGAUUCACACCGCAGGUUCCAAGUUGCCUGUAGAAAGUUUCUUGACGAGAACUUGCACAAGGACGCCAUGGAAUGGGAAACGGCGGAAGACAUCCCGUCCGAUUUGUUCACGAAGUUCGCCAAGGGAAAUUUCCUCAUUCCGGCGUUGCCGGCGCCUUUACCCGUAGAAUGGCUGCACAAGUUGGGAGUCACGCAUAUGCCUGGGGAAGUACCGGUAGAGGAGUGGGACGCGUUGCAUACCAUGAUUUACUCAGAUGAGAUGAGUCGCUCAGGACUGGCUGGACCUCCGGGAUCCUUGACUACUGGCAUGGCAUUCGGGGUUCCUCCUCUACUGCACUAUGCGAAUGCCGAAGUACAGAAUCGCUUCUUACCCGAUCUCCUCCUUGGAAGAAAGAGAACCUGCAUUGCGAUCACUGAACCCGAGUACGCUAAUCUCCCCAAUCCAACAAUUAGUGCAGGGUCAGAUGUAGCCAACAUCACCACGACAGCUGAGCUCAGAGGCAAUGAGUAUAUAAUUAACGGGGCCAAGAAGUGGAUUACCAAUGGUUUUGUGGCAGACUUCGCAACCAUAGCCGUUCGCACCGGUGGUGAAGGCUCAGGAGGGAAGGGCAUCUCCCUGCUUGUGGUACCGCUUGUGGACCAACCCGGUGUGAGCAGAAGGCGCCUCAAGGUCGCCGGUCAAAUUGUUGCCGGCACCUCGUAUCUCGAGUUUGACGAUGUCAGGGUGCCGCGAGAAAACCUCAUCGGCAAAGAAAACGAGGGCAUGAAGUACAUCAUGCAUAACUUCAACCAUGAGCGGAUGUUUAUCUCGGUGGGCGUUACAAGGCAAGCUAGAGUGGCUUUGAGCGCCGCCUUUGCGUACUGUAUGCAGCGCAAGGCGUUUGAUAAGACGCUCAUCGAGCAGCCGGUGGUCCGUCAUCGACUGGCCAAAUGCGGAGCAAUCCUCGAGUCACAGUAUGCUUGGGUUGAGUCCUUUGCAUAUCAACUAUCCAAGAUGCCAAAGAAAACUGCAGAUGAGGAACUCGGCGGGUUAACGGCCUUGUGCAAAGCCAAUGCCGGUAUUGUUCUUGACGAGUGUGCGAGAUGUGCCGUGCUGCUAUUCGGCGGCAACGGCUACACGCGUACCGGCAAGGGAGAAAUUGCCGAAAAAAUCUACCGCGAGGUUCCCGGUGCGAGAAUCCCUGGUGGAAGCGAGGAUGUCUUGCUGGACUUGGCUAUCCGGCAGUUGACGAAGCGAUUCCGUGCCGAGACCGAGAAGGAGAAGACAAAGUCCAAAAUUUAG